AUGCUCUUUGCCAUAGAGGAGAUUAAUAACAGCACAGACUUACUUCCUGGCAUUUCUUUGGGCUAUAAGAUCUAUGAUUCCUGUACCUCUGUUGCCAGAGGUGUGAGGGUUGCACUGGCCUUGGCUAAUGGUAAUGAAGUGGUGUCUGCAUCCUCCGAGGCACCAUGUACCAGACCUGCCCAAGUGCAGGCCAUUAUGGGAGAGACAUCUUCCUCUCCUUGCAUGGCUAUAGCUACUGUCAUUGGACCCUUUCAUAUCCCAAUGAUCAGCCACUUUGCUACUUGUGCUUGUCUCAGCGAUAAAACCAAGUACCCAUCCUUCCUCAGAACAAUACCCAGUGACUACUACCAGAGCAGAGCCCUGGCACAGUUGGUCAAGCACUUUGGUUGGACUUGGGUUGGAGCUGUUAGAGCAAAUGAUGAUUACGGGAAUAAUGGCAUGGCCACAUUCACAGAAACUGCCCAGCAGCUGGGCAUCUGUUUAGAAUACUCUGUAUCUUUCUUUAGAACAGAUCCACCACACAAAAUACUAAAGAUAGUUGACAUUAUCAAGUCUUCCACUUCCAAAGUGAUUGUUGCUUUCCUCUCCCAACACGAUAUGAAUGUGUUAAUACAGGAGUUGUCUUUCCACAACGUGACUGGGUACCAGUGGGUAGGCACUGAGGCAUGGAUCGUUGAUUCCCUAACUGCAGCCAUGGAUAGGCAUCACAUUCUGGAUGGUUCCAUAGGCCUGUCCAUCCCCAAAGCACAUGUCAGUGGCAUGAGAGAGUUCAUGUUGGAUGUGAAGCCACUCAAUUCAUCCAGUAAUGCAAUGUUUACAGAGUUUUGGGAGGCAUUAUUUAGCUGCAAGUUCGAGCAGUCAAAGUCAUCAGCAGGGAAUCAGAGAGAAUGUACUGGACAUGAAGAUCUGACUGGAGUGCAAAACAGCUUCACUUAUAUGUCACUUAUGCCUAUCUUUAACAAUGUCUAUAAAGGAGUGUAUGCUGUUGCCCACGCACUUCAUAGUAUUCUCAGCUGUAAUAAAACAUGCAACAACAAGGUGCAGCUAGAUCCAUUCAUGAUUUUACAGCAUAUAAGAAAGAUUCAUUUCAAAACAAAGGAAGGGGAUGAGGUUUACUUUAAUGAGAAUGGAGACCCAGCUGCAAAGUAUGAAAUUAUAAACUGGCAGCCAACAAAAAAUGGCACUGUAGACUUUGUCUCGGUCGGUCUUUAUCAUGCAUCCUUACCUGCCGACAAACAAUUGAAUCUGCAAAAUAAGUCUUUAAUUUGGGCAAAGAACUCAAAACAGGUACCUUUGUCAGUUUGCAGUGAGAAGUGUCCCCCAGGAACUCGUAAGGUUCUCCAGAAAGGAAAGCCUGUUUGCUGUUAUGACUGCUUAAGAUGUGCAGAGGGAGAAAUAAGUAACAUCACAGAUUCUAUCACAUGUGUGCGAUGCCAACCUGAGUUCUGGUCAAAUGAGAGAAGAGAUGCCUGUGUAAAGAAGGAGGCAGAGUUUCUAUCAUAUGAAGAGAUUAUGGGAGCACUGCUAACUGCAGCCUCCUUAUUUGGAACAUGCAUGACUGUUGUUGUGGCAAUUAUUUUCUUCAGAUACAGGCAGACUCCUAUUGUUAGGGCCAACAACUCUGAGCUGAGCUUCCUGCUGCUCUUCUCCUUGACCCUGUGUUUCCUGUGUUCUCUGACCUUCAUCGGUCGGCCCUCUGAGUGGUCCUGCAUGCUGCGACACACAGCAUUCGGCAUCACCUUUGUCCUCUGUAUCUCUUGUGUUCUGGGGAAAACAAUAGUGGUGCUAAUGGCUUUCAGGGCCACACUUCCAGGUAGUAAUGUGAUGAAAUGGUUUGGUCCUGCACAGCAGAAGCUCAGUGUUCUGGGUUUCACUCUCAUACAAGUCAUUAUAUGCAUACUCUGGUUAACAAUUUCUCCUCCUUUACCAUUUAAGAAUUUUAAGGGGUUUAAGGACAAAAUCAUCUUAGAGUGUGCUCUUGGCACAGCUGUGGGUUUUUGGGCUGUACUUGGUUACAUAGGACUUCUGGCCAUUUUAUGUUUUAUUCUUGCUUUUUUGGCUCGAAAACUGCCUGAUAAUUUCAAUGAAGCCAAAUUUAUCACCUUCAGCAUGCUGAUAUUCUGCGCAGUAUGGAUCACUUUUAUCCCAGCGUAUGUCAGCUCUCCUGGGAAGUUCAGUGUUGCUGUGGAGAUAUUUGCUAUUCUGGCUUCAAGUUUUGGACUGCUCAUUAGUAUUUUUAUUCCAAAAUGUUAUGUUAUCUUGCUGAAACCAGAAAAUAACACAAAAAAGAAUAUAAUGGGAAAGGGGACAACAAAUGGUUUAGCUUUCUUCGACAGUAUGACGUCCACACAGAGAUGGCCAGAGCAGGGUUGGGCACUCUUACAGCUGUUGUUGUUGGUGUCUGUCUCUCAGGCUGAGGAGCGAGUGUGCAGACGACGAGGGGAUCCUGAAAACCCCCAGCUAUUUAAGAAUGGGGACAUUAUGUUGGGGGGAAUAUUCUCUUUCUACAACAGUUGGAAAGACAGACAGGAUACCUACAUGCACAAACCACUGCCACUGCAAUGCAUCAGUUUGAAUUUCAGAGGGUUCCAGUAUGCCCAGGCUAUGCUCUUUGCCAUAGAGGAGAUUAAUAAUAGCACAGACCUACUGCCUGGCAUUUCUCUGGGCUAUAAGAUCUAUGAUGCCUGCAGCUCCGUUGCCAGAGGUGUGAGGGUUGCACUGGCCUUGGCUAAUGGUAAUGAAGUGGUGUCUGCAUCCUCUGAGGCACCAUGUACCAGACCUGCCCAAGUGCAGGCCAUUAUGGGCGAGACAUCUUCCUCUCCUUGCAUGGCUAUAGCUACUGUCAUCGGACCCUUUCACAUCCCACUGAUCAGCCACUUUGCUACUUGUGCUUGCCUCAGUGAUAAAACCAAAUAUCCAUCCUUCCUCAGAACAAUACCUAGCGACUACUACCAGAGCAGAGCCCUGGCCCAGGUGGUCAAGCACUUUGGUUGGACUUGGGUUGGAGCUAUUAGAACAAAUGAUGAUUAUGGCAAUAACGGCAUGGCCACAUUUACAGAAACUGCCCAGCAGCUGGGCAUCUGUCUAGAAUACUCUGUAUCUUUCUUUAGAACAGAUCCGCCACACAAAAUACAAAGGAUAGUUGACAUUAUCAAGUCUUCCACUUCCAAAGUGAUUGUUGCUUUCCUCUCCCACAUUGAUAUGGAUGUGCUUAUACAGGAGUUGUCUUCCCACAACUUGACUGGGUACCAGUGGGUAGGCACUGAGGCAUGGAUCUUUGAUUCCCAGACUGCAGCCAUGGAUAGGCAUCACAUCCUCGAUGGUGCCAUAGGCCUGUCCAUCCCCAAAGCACAUGUCAGUGGCAUGAGAGAGUUCAUGUUGGAUGUGAAGCCACUCAAUUCAUCCAGCAAUGAAAUGUUUACAGAAUUUUGGGAGGAAUUAUUUAGCUGCAAGUUCAACCAGUCAGGGAAUCAGAGAGAAUGUACUGGACAUGAAGAUCUGACUGGAGUGCAAAACAGCUUCACUUAUAUGUCACUCAUGCCUAUCUUUAACAAUGUCUAUAAAGGAGUGUAUGCUGUUGCCCACGCACUUCAUAAUAUUCUCAACUGUAAUAAAACAUGCAGCAACAAGGUGCAGCUAGAUCCAUUCAUGAUAUUACAGCACAUAAGAAAGAUUCAGUUCAAAACAAAGGAAGGAGAUGAGGUUUACUUUAAUGAGAAUGGAGACCCAGCUGCAAAGUAUGAAAUUAUAAACUGGCAGCCAACAGAAAAUGGCAUUGUGGACUUUGUCACAGUCGGCCUUUAUGAUGCAUCUUUACAUGACGACAAACAACUAAAUCUGCAAAAUAAGUCUUUAAUUUGGGCAAAGAAUUCAAAACAGGUGCCUUUGUCAGUUUGCAGUAAGAAAUGUCCCCCAGGAACUCGCAAGGUUCUCCAGAAAGGAAAGCCUGUUUGCUGCUAUGACUGUUUAAGAUGUGCAGAGGGAGAAAUAAGUAACAUCACAGAUUCUGUCACAUGUGUGAGAUGCCACCCUGAGUUCUGGUCCAAUGAGAAAAGAGAUACCUGUGUAAAGAAGGAGGCAGAGUUUCUAUCAUAUGAAGACAUUAUGGGAGCACUGCUAACUGCAGCCUCCUUAUUUGGAACAUGCAUGACUGCUGUUGUGGCAAUUAUUUUCUUCAGAUACAGGCAGACUCCUAUUGUUAGGGCCAACAACUCUGAGCUGAGCUUCCUGCUGCUCUUCUCCUUGACCCUGUGUUUCCUGUGUUCUCUGACCUUCAUCGGUCGGCCCUCUGAGUGGUCCUGCAUGCUGCGACACACAGCAUUCGGCAUCACCUUUGUCCUCUGUAUCUCUUGUGUUCUGGGGAAAACAAUAGCGGUGUUAAUGGCCUUCAGGGCCACACUUCCAGGAAGUAAUGUGAUGAAAUGGUUUGGGCCUGCACAGCAGAAGCUCAGUGUUCUGGGUUUCACUCUCAUACAAGUCAUCAUAUGUAUCCUCUGGUUAACAAUUUCUCCUCCUUUUCCAUUUAAGAAUUUUAAGGGGUUUAAGGACAAAAUCAUCUUAGAGUGUGCUCUGGGCUCAGCUGUAGGCUUUUGGGCUGUACUUGGUUACAUAGGACUUCUGGCCAUUUUAUGUUUUAUUCUUGCUUUUCUGGCUCGAAAACUGCCUGAUAAUUUCAAUGAAGCCAAAUUUAUCACCUUUAGCAUGCUGAUAUUCUGCGCAGUAUGGAUCACUUUUAUCCCAGCAUAUGUCAGCUCUCCAGGGAAGUUCAGUGUUGCUGUGGAGAUAUUUGCUAUUCUGGCUUCAAGUUUUGGACUGCUCAUUAGUAUUUUUAUUCCAAAAUGUUAUAUUAUUUUACUGAAACCAGGGAAGAAUACAAAAAAGAAUAUGAUGGGAAAAGGGGCAACAAAGUCAUUCUGA